AUGUGCCAAUUAUCUAAUGUCUGUAAAAGGUCAUCUUAUCAAGUAAUUAUAAAUGACUUCGGCAAACCAAAUGAAGUACUGGAAGGUGUUUAUGUAGAAGUUCCUAAUAAACUAUCUUCAAAUCAAAUUCUACUAAAAGUUUUAAUGUCUCCUAUAAAUCCAUCUGAUAUUAAUAUGAUAGAAGGAACCUAUCACAUCAAACCUUCUCUACCAGCAGUUGCAGGAAAUGAGGGAGUUGGAGAAAUUUUAGAAGUUGGGGGUGCUGUUCAGGAUCAUCAAGUUGGAGAAAGAGUAAUAUAUUCUGUUGCUGAUAGAAGUCAGUGCCAGUUGGGAGCAGGAACAUGGAGACAGUUUUCUAUUGUAAAUGAAACAAAUAUUAUAAAAGUUCCAAGCAAUAUUUCGUUAAUUGGUGCUGCUACUUUAGCUGUAAAUCCAUGCACUGCUUAUAGAAUGUUAAAAGACUUUGUUAAGUUGAAAACUGAUGAUGUUAUCAUUCAGAAUGGAAGCAAUAGUGCUGUUGGACAGUACAUUAUACAACUGUGUAAGUAUUGGGGUAUAAAAACUAUAAAUAUAAUUCGAGGAAGACAAGAAGAUGAGAAGGAGCAACUUGUUGGACAUUUACAAAAUUUGGGAGCAGAUAUAAUUUUAACAGAAGAAGACAGAAAAAAGGGAGCUUUAAAAGAUAUAUUGAAGUCAUUGCCAGAGAAACCUAAAUUAGCUUUGAAUUGUGUGGGAGGAGAUAGUUCAGCACAUCUUGUAAAUAGUUUACGCCAGAAAGGAGUAAUUGUAACAUAUGGUGGUAUGUCCAAAAGGCCAGUAAUGAUUCCUACCGGAGCCGCCAUCUUUAAACAAAUUACUGCUCAUGGGUACUGGAAUACAGAGUGGAUGAAAGAUUAUAAGAAUUCUCCAGAGAGAAUGGAAAUGAUUACAGAAUUGUGUGAUUAUCUUGAUAAAGGCAUUAUUAAAACACCUAAAGCAGAGUUAUUUUACAUCAAAGACUUUAAAACUGCUGUCAGUGAAUCUCUGAAAGAAUUUAAAACCUCUAAAAAAGUAUUAGUGAUGGAUGAAACUCUGAAAUGUUAA